CCUUGUUUCAUUUUCAUAAACUAUCAGUGUAAUAAAUUUUUUGUUGUUGAUAAUUCUGUACCUUGAAGCCUACCUAUCCAGUUGUGGAAUUUAUUUAGUUCAACUGUGUAUUUUCAAUCCAACAGAACACUGCUGCCAUAUCCACUGGGACAACCACCACCACCAUGGCUACACAAGCAGGUACUGCUGUGAACCCCACAACAGUACCUGUCACCCCUGGCACAACGGUGGCAGGGACAGUCGUACCCUCAACUCCUACCACUGCUGCGGCUCCUGUCACCCAGACGACCCAGCCUGCUGCUGCUACAGGAGGCUCUCAAACUAUCUCAGCCGAAUCCGCAAAAACAAAAUGUAAAAACUUUCUGGCAACAUUACUGAAAUUGGCGAAUGAGCAGCGGGCGACUGUGGCACGUAAUGUUCGAAAUCUGAUUCAGGGCCUCAUUGAGGGACGAGUGGAGCCUGAAGUCUUCACAGAGGAGCUUCAGAAAGACCUCAAUUCCUCCCCACAGCCUUGCCUUGUUCCCUUCCUUAAGAAAACUUUGCCGUACCUGCGUGUGUCCCUAGCGCGUGGAGAAUUAACCAUUGAUGGAGUGCGGCCUCCACCAUUAUCUGCAGUCACUCCUGUUACAGGUGUCACCACAGUCAUACCUGCGAUGUCUGUCGCCCGGCCUGGAGCUCCUACAACUUCCGGGACGGUUCGGACAAUUGCACCUGCUGCUGCAACAGCCACAACUGUAGUUCACCGACCAGUCAAUGCAACUCCCACACCUGCCAGAGUUGUGGGGCAGCAACAGGUACAGCAAGUUCGUGUUCAAGGCGGCAAAACUGUGGUAACAACUGUUAGGCAGAAUACAACUGCUGCCAGCAGUCCUGCCAGCACCACUACCAACACAGUACCCACAGCAACCAAAACUAUAACCGUUAAUAAGACAAUUCCUACCAAAGACAAAGAAAAAAGUAACAAAAACCAGCUCUUCACAUAUAGCAGUUCCUAUUCUUCAAGUGGGGUGGCUGACGACGAUAUCAAUGACGUGGCGGCCAUGGGGGGGGUCAACCUGGGGGAGGAGUCGCAGCGCAUUCUGGAAUCUACCGGGUUUGUGGGGACGCAGAUCAGGUCGUGUAAAGACGAAAAUUUCCUUCUUAACACUCCACUGACUCAGAGAAUAAAACAAAUAUGUUCAAAAUAUGGUUUGGAAGAGGCUCCAAAAGAUGUCGUUGCCUUGGUGUCUCAUGCCACACAAGAGAGACUGAAAACCAUUGUUGAAAAAUUAGCUGUCAUUUCGGAACACAGGCUAGAUAUAAUUAAGAGUGACAGCAGAUACGAAGUGGUGCAAGACGUCAAAGGACAGCUCCGUUUCCUAGAAGAGUUGGAUAAGCUGGAGAAGAAGCGCAAAGAGGAACAGGAGAGAGAGAUGCUAAUGCGGGCGGCAAAAUCACGGAGUAAAUCGGAGGAUCCAGAGACCGCAAAGCUGAAGGCCAAAGCAAAGGAGAUGCAACGUGUGGAAAUGGAGGAAAUGAGACAGCGAGAUGCCAAUCGGACUGCUCUCAAUGCACUUCAGGGCCCCAAGAAGAAACCAAAGUUGGACUUGUCGGCAAUGGAUGACGGUGCAACUUUCAGUGGAACUUUCUCCCAAAAAUACAUGCCACUACGACCACGGAUCAAAAGGGUGAAUUUGCGUGAUCUCAUGUUCCUCAUGGAGCAAGAAAAGGAGUUAUGCAAGUCCACAUUACUGUAUCGGUCUUACCUCAAGUAGUGUGCCGGGAAGAGCACCGCUGGAUGGUCGUCCUUCAGCCCCGCUGCCGCCGCCACCGUUGCCCCGCCCCCAUAGUUACCAGCCCAUGGAUGCGCCUCUCCCUCUGGAGGUGUGGUACCACUGCCAGCGUGGGGCAGGUGGGGGAUGGAAGCCAAGUGCAAGGAGCCGUGCCGGAGAGGUGACGGCAAGCUCCAGCAAUACUGAGGUGUCAGCAUCAGCAAGGCAGAAGAUCUGUGAUUCUCUCAUGCAGCAUUGCAAGUGUCUUAAUUAAUUACAUGCCUGUGGCAUGGUAGCUCCACAGGGACUGUGAUAGGGCUGGAGCCUCCUGUUAGCAAUGCUUCGUAUUGUAAGGACAAAACACAGACUUAAACCUGCAGGAUCUGUAUGACUGCAGUGUCAGUGAACAAACUUGCGAGGUGCAGCAGUGAGGUGGAAACAUGUUAGGGUCACUGACUUGAAUUGGCAAGCAUGAUGCAAAGCCUCGAGCCCGUAAAUGCUCCAGCCCAGUCUAAGUGGACUUGCAUAUAGUGGCUUAUACACCAGUGAAGGUACAACCAAACCUUUCUUUUAUUCCCAAAAUAUAUAGUAACAACCCUAUUUUGUGCAUGAACUGUAUAAAUACUUCUUGGAUAGGAAAAUCUUCAAAUAUUUUUAUCUGAUACACAUUAUCGUUAAAAUGUUAACUGGAAAAAGAAAAAAAAAAAAGCUGAAAGGAACUUUCAUACACAGCCUCUGUAGAUAAUGUACAGUUUUUAAAAGAUUGAGGCCUUUUUCUGUUACUGUAUUGUUCUUGUAAAUUACCACAGAUAUAUGGUUUGUCUCUAGUGUACACAGAAUAAUAAGGUCAAGCACCUUGAGUGACAUUCUCUAGAGAUAUCACAGUCACAGAAAUUCAAAAUACACACUUGCAGAUGUGAACAGUUACCCACAUGCAAACAACCAUCAGUGAUACGGCAGAAGGAAUCAGACUGCAAAACACAAGCCUUGUAAUUUCCCUUAUUAUUUUCACUGUGACUCCAUAGAGUUUUGCACUCUUGGUGGCUGCCUUAACCCUUAUUUAUGAAUCCCUAAGACAGAUGCCAAGUCUGCCCCAAGGAAUGGAUGAGUGUUGCCAAAGUUCGCUCUGUGUGUGUGAUGCAGUGUGCGAUGCAGGCUUCAUGCAGGGAAUUAUGUAAACUAUGCAGAAAUUUAAGCCUCAAACAGAAAAGGAUUUUUGUGCAAUCAGGAAGAAAAAAAAAGGUAGUUUGAAGUUAAAUUGAGUUUUUUUUUUUUUUUUUUUUUUUUUUUUUUUUUUUUUUUUUUUUUUUUUUUUUUUUUUUUUUUUGUAAAUGUGUGUGGACUUGGAUUAUAUUAAUGAAUUGAAAGACCUCUUCAAUCCACAUGUGUUUCCAUGUCAAAAGUGAUUGUUCUAUCCUCAAACCUGAUGCCGACUGGAAGGAAUAUUGCAUUGUCCAAAUUAUCCAGAUUUUGAGAGAUCUUAGAUUAGAAAAAAUAUAAUUUUUUUUUUUAUCCAAUUUUUAAUUAUCUUUGGUAUUUAUUUAUUUAUAUUUUUUCCUCAGACAUUCUUACCAAUACAAAUACUAUAAAUAAGAAAGACCUACAUGAAGCUUGCCAGUCUUGGGCUCUUGGAAAUUAUACAAAGUAUAAAAAUAAUCUUUAAAAAAAAUGGGCCUAUAGUUGCUGGGCUGUAAUAUUUAGUGAAGGAUUUAAACAUUCAGUUUUUUUUCUUUUUUUUUUUUAAAUUUUCCUUUCUUUCCCUUCUUUUCUAUCAUUUGCACACAGCAGUUUAAUAAUGCUUGAAAUGAAUAAAGUAAGUUAGAUCUUGACUUGUUAUUGGCAUGUAAUUUUACAGUGAAAGUUAUUUUGGCUUCUGUACCAAAGGAAGUUCGUCCUGUCUUUAUGUCCUAACUUGACUUGUAGUUAUAUUUUUAUUAUGAGGAACUUUAUUAUAUUUUUUAUGGUAUUAUUAAUUUUUUUUUACGGUUUUUAUUUUGAAUUAGUAUGAGUGAUGUGUUUACCUAUGUGUGUGGUGUCUGGGGUUGGAUGUGCCGUCCGGGGAUAAGAAGGGCAUAUGUAUCCAGAUGACCUUAUGUAAUUUUUUUUAUUAUUAUUAUUAAUAUUAAAAAAAAAAAAAAAUCAUAUACAGAGUAGUUGUUUUGUGUAUAUAUAGUGAAUCUGAAAGUUUUAAAUUUAUUGAUAUGUGAACCGAUUUGGCAUCUGAAUUAUAUUGAUGCUGAGUCCAAGAACCCUGUAUCACAUAUGAGGAGUAUCAAUGAAUGUAAUUCUGGCCGCAAAUAAAUUUAGAAGACCGGGA